AAAUCCAGAAACCCCAUCCCCUUCUCUGGUGGCGUAAACUCCUCGCCGGCGCCGACUUCUUCUCUUUUUCUCUACGCGUAGCUUGAAAAAUCAACUUUUAAAGCACAUCCAUACACACACAACACAUGGUGAUUAUCUACCUGUUUUUAGUAUAUAUAUUAAUAUAAUUUAUUUAAUAAAAAACCCAAAAGGUUGAAUAAGUUCUUCGCUUUGAAAUAAUUACAACAUGGAAUUCAAGAAAAAUAAAAGAAUGUAAAAAUGCAAAUGACGACAAGACCGCACUAUAAAUCCAAUCUAGGCUUCACCUCUUAUUCAUUUUUAGCAGAUAAGCAGACACUAAUAAAAAAAACCAUAGUAACAGAUUCAUUAGUCUCCAAAUCAAGAAUCAGCUGUUACUGCCCAACCAUGACCGCCGACGACCACCACCACCACUCCUGCAAGUUCCUCCCCAAGAGGAUUAUCCUUGUUCGCCACGGCGAGUCAGAGGGCAACAUAGACACAGCCGCCUACGUCACAACCCCUGACAACAAAAUCCAAUUAACCUCAUUGGGUCUAGCCCAGGCCCGUGUCGCUGGCACUCGUUUGCUCGAUCUUAUAUCUAACAGCAGCAACUCCACCACUAACUGGCGGGUCCACUUCUAUGUCUCCCCUUAUCAGCGUACCAGAUCCACUCUCCGGGAGAUCGGACGGUCGUUUGAGAGAGAGAGGAUUGUUGGGGUUAAAGAGGAGUGUAGGAUCAGAGAGCAAGAUUUUGGUAAUUUUCAGAUCGAGGAGAGGAUGAAGGUGAUUAAAGAGACCAGAGAGAGAUUUGGGAGAUUCUUUUAUCGGUUUCCUGAAGGAGAAUCAGCUGCUGAUGUUUUUGAUCGCGUUUCAAGUUUUCUGGAAUCUCUCUGGAGAGACAUAGACAUGAACAGGCUUCACAAGGAGCCUUGUGAGCUAAACCUCAUAAUUGUUUCGCAUGGAUUAACUUGUCGUGUAUUCAUGAUGAAGUGGUUCAAGUGGACGGUUGAACAAUUUGAGCAUCUAAAUAAUCUCGGGAACUGUGAGUUUCGAGUGAUGGAGUUAGGAGACGGUGGAGAAUACAGCUUAGCAGUUCAUCACACAGAUGAAGAAAUGCUGGAAUGGGGAAUGUCCCCUGAAAUGAUUGCUGAUCAAAAAUGGCGAAUCCAUGCCAAUAGGGGUGAUUGGAAUGACAACUGUUCCUGGUACUUUGAUGCUUUUUUUGACCAUCUCAACACUGAUCUGGAUAAAGAAAGUGAUGAACAAACCAAUGAUUCUUCAACUAAAUGUGUGUAAGCUACCCAGAAAUUAGAUGUCAAAUUCUUAUGAUUUAUCAAUUUCAUGUAGUUGAUCCUUGUCAAGAAAACACAUGGAAACUGUAGUUGUUGUUGUAGAUUAUUUUCAUGUGGGUAAAUUUUAACUACUUUACACGAAACAUCUCCAUUCUUAACGAUGAUUUA